AUGGACCUCAAGGAUUUUACAAUAGGAAUUGUGUUACUGCUUCAGAGCACAGUUGGAAUUGUGGGAAAUGUCUCUCUUCUUUACUGCUACCUAAUCCAUUACUACACUGAACAGACAUUAAAGAACACAGAUUUGAUUCUUGCACACAUGUUCACAGCAAACAUCUUGAUCAUUCUUUCUAAAGGAUUGCUCCAUUCAACUAGAGCUUUUGGGAUGAAAGGUUCCAUCAAUCAUUUUGGCUGCGAAUUUCUUUUGUAUAUUCAAAGACUAGGCAGAAGCAUGUCCAUUGUCACUGCGUGCCUCUUGAGUGUUUUCCAGGCUAUCACAAUCAGCCCUGGGAACAGUUUUUGUUUGCGCCUUAAAGUCAAAGCUCCAAAACAUAUUGUUCUAUUCACCUCCCUCUCAUGGAUAAUUUACAUGUCAGGAAAUAUGAUUUUUCCUGUUUAUAAGUAUGCUAAGGGGAACAGCAAUAGACUGAUACAUGAGAAUGAUAUGAAAUAUUGCUCAACUGUAGGUCAUGAUGAUGUUACAAGCUCAUUAUAUACAGUGGUUUUUGUUCUGCCUGAAAUUUUGCUUUCUGUCAUCAUUGUUUGGUCUAGUUGCUCCAUGGUUAUCACUUUGUAUAGGCACAACCAACGGGUUCAACAUAUCCACAGCUCCAGUGUUUCCUUCAGAACAUCUCCAGAGAACAGAGCCACCUACCGCAUACUGGCCUUUGUGUUAACCUUUAUAGGUUUUCAUUCCCUCUCUUCCAUCUUGCAAGGUUGCAAUGCUCUCACACAAAACCCUCAUUGGUUGCUAUUGAACAUUACUGCAAUCAUUUCAAUAUCUUUUCCUACUUUGGGACCCUACUUCAUGAGCCAUGACUCCACAUUUCAAAGGUUGUGCUUUCCAUGA